AUGGACUUUCUUCUAGCUGCUUCUCUGCUGAUAGUUGGGAUAUUAGGUAUUAUUGUAGGAACUCUUUCCCUUGAAGCAGAAGGCCGUGCAUUCUUUGUCUUUGGUGAUUCACUUGUCGAUAGCGGCAACAACAAUUACGUUGCCACCAGUGCUCGUGCUGAUUCACCUCCUUAUGGCAUUGACUAUCCAACCCAUCGACCCACUGGCCGCUUCUCCAAUGGACUUAACAUCCCAGACAUUAUCAGUGAGUCAAUCGGUGAGGAAUCUGUAUUGCCCUACUUGAGCCCUGAGCUAAGAGGAAACAAACUACUUAAUGGUGCAAACUUUGCAUCUGCCGGGGUAGGAAUUCUCAAUGACACCGGAAUCCAAUUUGUAAACGUAAUUACAAUGCCACAGCAAUUGCAGUACUUCCAAAAAUACCAGCAACGAGUAACUACGCGUAUUGGAGAUGCCCAAACAAAGCGGCUAGUGAAUCAGGCACUUGUCCUCAUUUGCGUCGGCGGCAAUGACUUUGUUAACAACUACUACUUGAUUCGAAACUCAGCUAGAUCUCGUCAAUAUCCUCUCGAGGAUUAUGUUCCCUAUCUCAUCUCGGAGUACAAAAAGAUUCUAAUAAGGCUUUACGACAUGGGAGCUCGUAAUGUUCUUGUAACUGGAACUGGACCUCUCGGUUGUGUUCCAGCUGAAAUAGCACGGCAUAGCCCCAACGCCUCGUGUGCUACUGAUCUGCAACGAGCUGCUUCCCUUUAUAACCCUCAACUUUUUCAGAUGAUAACCCAACUCAACAGUGAGAUAGGAGCAGGCCGUACAAAUGCAUUCUACGCGGUUAACUCAUAUCAAAUGAACAUUGACUUCAUCAUUAACCCUCAAGCCUAUGGCUUUGUAACAUCAAAGAUAGCAUGUUGUGGACAAGGGCCUUAUAAUGGGAUUGGACCCUGUACAGCUCUGUCAAACCUGUGUCCAAACAGAGAUAUUUAUGCAUUCUGGGAUCCUUUCCAUCCAUGUGAGAGAGCAAACCGCUACAUAGUCCGACAGAUCCUUUCCGGCACCACUGAGUACAUGCAACAUGGGAACCUAAGCACCAUCUUGGCCAACACUGAUUCCAGAACCUAA